UUGGAAGGACAAAUAGCUGGCAAGGGAGAUAUGGAUGAUUUGGACGAGUUCUUCUUGGAUGACAUCAAUCUCCGUACUCCACCACAUAGACCAGAGCACACAACUCAAAAUGGAGAUUAUCAGAGACCAGCCGAUUUCGUGCAUUUCAACGACGCGGUUCCUGUUAACGCCGCUUCACCUCUUGAUCCCAACUAUCAGCAACAACCGAAUCAACCACAACAACAACAAGAAACCAUCGCUGAUGCUGGUGCAGUCCCACAUCCACACAAUCAUCCGAAUCCGACUAAAGGCUCAAUUGGCUUGCAAAAUGCAGAGGCGGAUUUAAGCAGAGAAGAUCCGAUGGCGGCAGAAACAGAGGCAGCUGUGUUUCAUAUGAUCGCUUCUGAAGUGAAUGAAGUCUCAGAAAUGAUACCUGACGAGCCGACUUCUUCUUCAGUCUCUAGGAAUCAGUUUGUUUCGUUUGAAUCAGCUGCAGCUAACGAACGCAGCUCAACUCAGCCAAUGGAGACUUAUAACACUGAGAAUCGAGUAGUGGCGAACAACAAUAAAACUGUCUCUCUCGCCAGUCCUCAGUCAACCGACAAGCAUAUAGGCUCAUUGUUUUCUACUUCAAGAAUGGGAGAAAUUGCAAAUACUGUUGCAGACAUAGAGAUGGCACUGUUCGGAGAGCUGUUGAUUGACAAAAACAAAAAAAAAGCAGCUUCUCAACAAGAUAUAAAAACAAAUGAGAUCAUUCCGAAUAAAACUGAAGUAUCUGCAGAAGAUGUUCAUGUAGAUCUCCCACAACAGAAAGAGCUAUCUGGAGCAAAAAACUCAGUUUUUGAAAAGGAUCCAUUGUUGCUUAAUCUAUCCGGAGAUCAAAUAGUGGAAACAAGCAAAGGUGGGUUGGACACGUCGGCUGAAAUAAAAGAGAGAAACACUACCGAACCUGAGAACGAGGAGGUUCGAUUUGAUUCUCCUCCUGACAUUGAUACAGUAGAAUCAAACAACUGUAACGUACUUAAGAGAAGUCACGACCGUAAAAAGAAUAGCUUGACCGAUGAACCCUCUAGCUCCCAGUGCGACAAUUCAAAAGCUUUGAUUCCCUAUAAGCCCAAGUUGCAGUUCAAUUCUUCCGAAAUCAUGCAAACAUAUAGUCCUGAUGGUAAACCAACUAAUCAAAUAAUACUUAAGAUUCGUGCUAAGAUUCCUCAUAAAAAAGAGACUGAUCCAAAGCUUUUUAAUGGUGAACCAGUAACGAUUCAUCAGAGUGAUUCUUGCGAAGAAAAUGGCUGUAACACUACAAAACAUGUAAAGGAUACUGGUUUCUGUGAAACUGAAAAGGUUGAAGAGGUUAAAAACCCAAUAAAUGAUGAUGGUGCUGACAACCACAAAAAUAGUCGACAAGUUCAACAAGAAACAGCUGAUAUAAACAAAUCGAAAGCCUCGGUUCUAUAUGAAGAGUUCGAUUCCGGUCAGGAACAACCGCAAACUCUUGAUGAAAAUCUUUCCAAGAAAGAGAAAAUGAAAAGUUCAAAGAACUACGAGAAUGGUAAAGUUCAAACGGAACCUAUUGAACAGAGUAAACCAGAUAACCUUGAAGAGAAUACUUGUGAAGAUGAUAAUACAGCUGGUUGUGUUAAAUCGAAACUUUGGGGGACGGAAACAAAGCAGGAUGAAUUGACUGGAGAGAAGACAGAGGGAGAGACUGGAAUGAGUUUAGAGGAAAAGAAAAAAAAAGAACGAGACAUGGAGAAGUGGCAUCAUGAAAUUUCGAAUCAUAUACGCACGUGGAGGAGAGAAAAACUUCUAGAGACAUCUAGUGGAUAUGUUGAUUUAUUUAACAAGGCAGAGGAACAGAACGGAUCAGUCUCUGAUAUGAGAGCGGAUGAUGCAAGACCAAGCAAUGACGAGAAUUCCAUUGAGAAGUCCAACAAAUUGAAAAUGAGAAAAUCGGAGAAUGACAAGAAGACAGAGGUGCCUUCAAGAAGAGUUUCUGAUGUGAAAGUGGAUGUUGUAAAACCGCGCAAAGAGGAGAAGUUCAUGGGGAAUCCCAACAAAGUAAAAAUGAGAACACUGGAAAACGACAAGAAGACAGAGGUGCCUUCAAGAAGAGUUUCUGAUGUGAAAGCGGACGUUGUAAAACCGCGUAAAGAGGAGAAGUUCAUUGAGAAGUCCAACAAAGUAAAAAUGAGAAUAUCGGAGAACAAGAAGAAGAAAGAGGUGCCUUUAGUAAAGACACAUAAACCUUUCAGACCCAAAAUUUCUUUGCAUGAGGAUUCUAGAUCUAAAGCAAAGUGGAAAAAGAGUAGUUUCUUCAAAGAGAAGAAGGAAUUUCGAAAGAAGAAAACCAAUAAACCGAAACGUAGAAUAGUUUACAUAGAGGAAGAUUGGGAAGAAGAACAGAACGAAAAAAAGAGACAGGAAGCAGAAAAGGCAAAAAAAGAAAACGAGAACGAUGAUGAUGUUUGGACCGAAGAGGAUGAAAGAAAUUUGCAAGCAUUUUUGAGCCUUCGUGAGCCUGAUGAACCUGGAUAUGGACUGGUACCUAUGCAAAAUCAUUCCAUGAGUCCGUGUGGAGUAGAGGAUACAAAGGCAGAUGGAGAAAACGAUAUAGCUCACAAAAAACGUAAACUAACUACUAUCGAUGACUCACCAUUCAAAGCACUAUUGUCAAUGGAUGAGACAGAACUGAGUGAUUUGCUUUUUGUCCUUCCUGAAAUCGAUGGAAAUUCGUUUCAAAGACUUGAUGUUACAAGAUAUGACAGACUCUUGCAUGGUUAUGAUAGCCCAGCUCCAACUCUGUCUCUUGAACCAUUAAUUAUAAAGGCUCUCGAAAAUACAGAAGAAGGUAAAGCAAUGAAGGGAACUAUCGUUGAAUAUGUCAUCAGCAACCAUAAUUUCCCAAUUCCUAUUAGAAAAGUUGACAAGCUGUUGGGGAAAUGUCUCCUAGAGAUGGUAGUCCAUAGCGUGUUAUUCCAAUUGAACUCGACCGGUUUGCGUGGAUUCUUCUUCUUGGAUGAUCCACGUAGUGGAUUUAUACUCCCGGCUGGCACUUACGGCUACGGUCCGGGCAGAUGA